UAAACGCACAUUUAAGGGACACGACUCUACUGACGUCCCUCCCAUAAAUCCUUGCUUCCUGACACUAAAAUUGAAAUAUGGCGUCCGUAGCGGCGAGUUCGUUUGUUGCUGUCAAUUUACUUCUUCUUUUCGUUCAGGUUUUGGGCGGGAGAGAUUUCUACAAAAUCCUUGGAGUCCCAAGAAAUGCGGAUAUUAAGCAAAUUAAGCGGUCAUAUAGGAAGCUGGCAAAAGAACUCCAUCCAGACAAAAAUAGGGAUGACCCUGAAGCUGAGCAGAGAUUUCAGGAUCUGGGUGCUGCCUAUGAGGUUUUAUCAGAUGAAGAAAAAAGGAAGGUAUAUGAUCGACAUGGAGAGGAAGGCCUGAAACAGGGAGAUGUUGGAGGUGAUCCCUUCUCAAGCUUCUUUGGUGGAUUUGGGUUUGAUUUUGGCUUUGGUGGAGGACGAGAAUCAAGUCGAGAGAUCCCAAGAGGAGGUGAUAUUAUCAUGGAUCUUGAUGUCACCUUGGAAGAGCUCUACAGUGGAGAUUUUGUGGAGGUUCUACGUUACAAGCCAGUAGCCAAGCCAGCCAAAGGAAAGAGAAAAUGUAACUGUCGCAUGGAAACUGUUACUCAACAGCUGGGCCCUGGGAGAUUUCAGAUGUCCCAGCAACAAGUCUGUGAUGAGUGCCCAAAUGUUAAAUUUGUUCCAGAAGAGAAAGUAUUAGAGGUGGAGAUAGAGCCAGGUAUGAGAGAUGGCCAAGAGUAUCCCUUUUUGUCUGAAGGAGAACCUCAUAUCGAUGGUGAGCCCGGUGAUUUACGGUUUAGAAUAAAACAGGUCAAACAUCCAAAGUUUGAGAGGCGUGGUGAUGACCUUUAUACAAAUGUCACAGUGACUUUACAGGAUGCGUUGACGGGUUUUGAAAUGGACAUUGAACAUCUAGAUGGACAUAUGGUUCAUAUAAUUCGAGAUAAAGUCACAUGGCCAGGAGCUCGAAUGCGAAAAGCUUUUGAAGGAAUGCCCAAUUAUGAGAACAACAAUGUAAAAGGAUCUUUAUUUAUAACUUUUGAUGUAGAAUUUCCAAAGGGUUCUUUGACAGAGGAGGCGAAAGAAGGUUUGAAACAAAUAUUACAACAAGAAUCAAAGCAGACAGUUUAUAAUGGAUUACAAGGGUUUUAACGUAUACCAGGAUGUCUGAAACAUUUUCAGAUGGACAAUCUCCUCAUAGCUCCGUGUGUUGACUGUGGCUAUAUAUUUUUUAAAAGAUAUGGUUGGUUUAAUCAUUUUCAUGUUGUUCCUCAGCUAUGUUAUUAAGCACUGACUUCAUUUUCAUCCAAAAAUUUUUCAUAAAGUAUUGUGUGAGGUUUUGAGUCCUCAUUUGCUAGUUAACAAUUGAAGAAUAGAAGGAAAAAGUGUUAUUUCUGCCAGUUAUUUAAAACUGAUUAAAAUGUGUGUGCAGUUGAGUAAUUUCUUUGGUUUUGCCAUGUUUGUUCAAGCAGCUUUCAUGACUAAAUAAACCCCAAGGACAGUUGUCCUUGCACCGUGAUAUUGCUUCACUGUGAGAAUAUACAGAUGUCUGUAGCUAUCACAAGCAUAGCACUUGGUAAAUAAUAUCUAUGAUAGAUAUAAAGCAUUUGACUUUAUAAAUAGUCUGAAUUGAAACCUACAGAUUUUACUUAGGAAAAGACUAGUUUGCUUGAAUAAUGACUUGCUUAGUAAAGUCAGUGUGAACUACACAGAUCUAUGUGCAGAGGUGAACAGUACACUUAAAAAGUACUUUUAGACAAUAAAAAAGAAAUUGCUAUACAAAGAGUUUUUUUUAACACAAUGAUUAGAUGAUGGGAAACAAUAAAAGUUAGGGGUUUGAUUUACCACCACAUAUAUAGUGCGACGAUCUGAAUAGCAGUCAUGUGAAAGAAAAAAGUUAACUGUGAUGCAUAUUAAAGCCACAAUGUUUGAAUUUUGUCAGUGUAUUUGUGGUAAUCUUUUCUGUGGAUAAGUGUUUUCUUUAACCAUCCUUAACUGACGUAGGCUUUUAAAUGUUCUUUAAGGAUGCAAACUGUGAUGCUUUGUGCUAAAGAAUGAAAUUUAGUUAUGUGUGAUUAUCACAGCAAACAGUAUCUUAAAUCUUAUUGAUCUGCGGAUUUGGGAUGUUUUUUUUUUUUUUUUCAUUAGGAAGUGAAUGCCUACAGGGUGUAGCUAGAGUUAUGUGACUUGUUAUUAGCAAGAUUUUUACGUUAAAAAAAUUCACACCAAAAUCAUAUAUUGUUUUCCUUAAUGUCAGGUUUUGCAUGAUGGAUUAGUUGUAUUUUGAGAUCCUGCAGUUCACUAGCAGUUGAAUACAUUUAACAGUAACUGUUUAUUGCAGUAUUUUUGUCAUUGAGCUUUGUCAAAUUCUUGGUCAUUCUUUGUCUGUUAUUCUUAUUUUGUGUGUUAGCUUCUAUGUUUCAUCCCCAAGUGCUGCCUAUGCUUAACAGUGAGCCAGGAUUCAAGAGACUUUAGUGGGUUAUGGGACAUGAAUGUUUUGAUACAAGACUGGAAACUUCUUUAUUAUAAGCGACUGAAAUAUUAACACAGCUAUUAUUUUACAUUCUUCUGUUUGAGUAGAUGGUAUACAAAUAUAAAAAUUCAGCUCAAGAGAUUUAUGCAGAAGAUGGAUUAUUUUUUUUAGAGACAGGAGAAAACUACCCAUUUUUCCUUCUCAUCUUCAACCCUUUACUUUUGACAGUGCUGUCUAUACAAAAUUUGGGUCAUCACCAGCUGCAUCUACUUCUCUUCAGAAAAGCUCAAUGAGUUAGCACUAAAGAGAAGUAGAUGCAGCUGGUAAUGACCCAAAUUUUGUAUCAUAAAAAUCCUUAUAUGAUACUCAUGAGGUGAUAGCUAUUUCCAUUAGUUUUACAAGAAAGAUUUUUCAAACUUGUUUAUCAGUUUGUAUAGACCUGCAGAUUAUAAUUCACCAUCUGUGAUUUGUAUGCACAAAGCAAUAACUUUACCAAGAUUCAUCUGGUUCUCUGUCUCUUCAGGAACAAACCUGCACAUUGAGAAUUUUCGUCAGAAUGAGAACACACAUUGAGUUAAAAGUGGCUUUAGACUUGCCUUUUAAAGUACACAGUGCCUCAUUGAUAUAUUCUAGCUCGUGUGCAUGUUGGUGUCAUUGGGAUUUGGGUGGUUACAGGAGAAGUGAUAGUGGUUCAUAUGGAGGUAAAUGCUACUACAUGUAGGUGUAUAAAUGAGAAUUAAGGAAUAA